AUGAAAUAUUGCAUUGAUGCUCUCGCUCUCACAAGCUCGGUGAUUUUCCUAGCAGCUUCUGCAGGCGUCUUUGCUGCUACACCACCUAUUCCCAUUGAAAAGUCGGAACUAGACGCUUGGUAUUCCAAAAAUGUGAAGCCCUUAACCGAUCGCAAGGGGGAGCUUGAUCCAGCCCUUGUGGCUGCUGAAGAACGCACCACUGUGGUUAAAGUAAGAGCCGAUGGAAGUGGAGAUUUCAAAACUGUGGCCGAAGCCAUCGCUAGUGUUCCUCCUGGUAACACCAAACGCGUCGUGAUUUGGAUCGGAGGAGGAGUUUAUAAAGAGAAGCUUACGAUUGAUAGGACUAGACCAUUUAUUACCCUUUAUGGCUCCCCUAAUAAUAUGCCUAACUUGACCUUUGAUGGAGAUGCUAAAACAUAUGGCACCGUUUACAGUGCAUCUUUGAGCGUUGACUCUGAUUAUUUCGUCGCUGCCAAUCUCGUCAUUGAGAAUUCAUCUCCAAGACCAGAUGGAAAAAGAAAAGGAGCUCAAGCAUUAGCGGCUCGACUAAGAGGGAACAAAGCCGCAGUUUACAAUUGCAAAUUCAUAGGGUUUCAAGACACCCUAUGCGACGACGAUGGCUUACAUGUUUACAAGGAUUGCUUCAUUCAAGGCACCGUGGACUUCGUCUUCGGCAAGGGAACAUCACUUUUCUUGAACACACAGCUCGACGUGGUGGUGACCGACGACGAAUUGGGAGUGAUAACAGCGCAUUCAAGAGAAAAGAAAACCGACCCGAGUGGGUAUGUGUUCGCGCAUUGCAGCAUUACAGGCACGGGCGGGAGGAACACCUUUUUGGGAAGAUCUUGGAGGCCAUGGUCUAGAGUUGUGUAUGCCUACACCACCAUGGCUGACAUUAUUAACCGUGAAGGGUGGAACGACAUGAGAAUCCCGGCUUUCCACAGUACGGUGUUCUUCGGAGAAUAUAAGUGUUCGGGGCCGGGAUCGGAGACGAGCGGCAGAGUUGAUUUCAGCAAGCAGUUGAGUAGUGAUGAAGUGAGGCCGUUUAUUAACCUUGGGUUCGUGCAGAGUGACAAGUGGCUGCUUCCUCCUCCCGAACUCUAGUGUCUUACAUAUCUUUAAGACUGUCGAGUGAGUGGUAAUGUGAG